AUGAAAGCAGCGCUCGUAAUAUCCUUCUUAUUCUCUUCAUCAUUCGCUUGGCCAGGCUAUAAGUCAACAAAGCUAAGAGAUAACGAUGAUUGCAUUGAUACAGCAUAAGUUCAUAAUAGUUGUGGUGAAGUGAGAAAACCAAAUGGAGGUAGACCUCACAAUGUCAGGUAUCCUAGUGCUUUUACAAUGAGCUUUGAUAAAUGGGAUAUCUUGUGUGAUUUCAGUGACCCUAACUGUGCUCCUCCUUAUUACCCAUCUGCUCCUGACUAAUUAAAAGACAAGUAUCCAAUGGUAAAUGGACCAGGUUUCACCUAUUAUAACUCAACAUUUAGAGGAGGAGCCCAAGUUGAAAAAUAUACAGAUAGAUGUGUACCAAUUUUCCCUAACUACGUAGUUGAUUUCCCUUGCACAUUUUACUUGAUCAAAGACGAGGGAAAGGCAUACUUAACAACAAAAAAUGCCCCAGCUGAGUUCGGAGAUUGCUGUAUUCUUGCAAAUAACUUCCACCCACCAGUUAGAAAUUUCUCUGAGAGAACUAAUUUUACUGGUAUUAAAACCUACGGACCUAGUUAGAAAUAUGUCGGUCUUGAAGUAAACGCUCCUAAUUCAGGGGGAAUUUUCUCUUAUAACUUCUGGGCAGAUGAAUAAGUAGAACAAAGAAACAAUUAAACAUAUCAUGUGCCUUCCUUCUUCUACUACACUGGUCUCUCCAAGAAUGAGAACAAUCCUCAAGAGCCACUAAUACUUAGAGUUUAUCAAAGUUUCUAUAACUUUAGCACUGAUUCAUUUAGGCCUGAAGAUCAUUUUACUAUGCCAGCUUCUUGCAAUCCAAAAGCUCCUCUUUGUCCAGAUUUUAAUCAAACUAGUUCAACUACUGAAAUUUAAUAAUGA